AUGUCAACAUUCCAGAUGCCAGCGAUACAUCAAAAUGUCGAUUUGACCGAAUGCCAAGGAGCUGAUGUGAAGAUCUUGAACCCCGAAGAACUUCCGACUUGGAAGCUGUAUCUGGACUUCCAGAUGCGCAGAAUUGACUUCGAGGCUUGUUGUGAGUACUUGGACUACAACCGGAGCAAGGUUGAGAAUGCAGUCCGUGGCCUGAACCUGAAGUGCGAAGAUCUGGAAGGCAAGUCAGCAAAUGAGCUGGAAGCGCUGGAAUGUGGAGGCCUGCCGCCUGGAGUGGUGACUUUCUACAUCUGCGCCAUUGACAUCGAACUGGUGCCACGGCUGAGGGUAGCUGAGGAGCAGGGAAACGAGCUUGAGGCCCGCCCGCUGCUGUGGAUGCACUGCCACCUCAUGCUGCUGACGAGGAGCAGCCCACGCCACAUCUUCACCGUGAACUAUUUUCUGACCUAUGUCAAAAAGGCGAGGAAGAGCAAGGCACUGCUGGACAGCUGGGGGGAGUUCCGCUGCUCAAACACAGGCGGCUGGACACCAGUGCAGAGCAAGUGCCUGGCAAGAUCUGAGGAGUAUUGA